AUGGCUACUGCUCAGAGGUAUAUUGCAGACAUUAACGGCUUGAUAAGCACCAAAAGUCCACACUUCAAAAUCGUAGUUCGUGUCAUGUCAAUCUGGAAGAUGUACAUGAAGGCAGAUCAGAAAGAAAUCAAGUCACUUGAACUCAUAUUCAUUGAUGAAGGCUGCCUUCGGCAAAUAGCAUGUUUUGAUCAUGCUUUGAACAUUGUUGGUGGUUACCGUUGUUCAAAACACGAAUACAAAAUCGUCUUUGAACCUAACACUAUUGUGGAUACUGUGGAUGAUGUUGUUGAUUUGGAUAUUCCUAACCAUGUGUUUGAAUUCACUCCAUUUGCUGAAAUAUCAAAUUUCAUUGCGAAUUUUUAUUUUUGUUUUGAUGUUAUUGGACAUGUUAUUGGUGUUAGUGAGGCGAUCAUUCAUGGGGAUAAGAAGAGGAUAUCUGUGGAGCUUGAGGAUGAAAGGGCUAAUAGGUUAAAGAUCACCCUGUGGAAUGGAAAUGCUUAUGCCAUAUCAGCAAUGAUGGCUGAUCAUCUAGUAAUGCCGGUGGUGCUUAUUGUGCAAUAUGUGAAAUGCAAAAAGUGGAACUCAAGAGCUUCAGUCACCACUAAUAUGUACAAUGGCAGAAUCUUCCUAAAUGACAUGUCUAUGCCUGCAAUUUCUAAAUACAAAAUGAGAUUGGAGGAUAUUGAGGAUAAAGAUACAAGUGUUCAGCUGAUUUCUAUACUUUCUAACAUAUCUGGAUACAAUACUUAUGAAGACUUUGUGAAGGAUGCAUCAAUGUUAACUCUGUCUGAGAUAAAGGAGUUAGAGGAGCCUUGCUAUGUGGUUACUUUUGCUAAAAUUACUGGAUUGGUGAAGGAGUUUGAUUGGUGCUACGUAGGAUGUAGAGACUGCAACAAGAAGGUCACAGAAAUAGGUAAAGAAACUGAUACCAGGUUCGUAGGAUUGCCUAAAAGUAAUCAACGUGGGAAGGGGAAAAAGGGCACCAGUGAAAUCAAUGGUGAAGGUAUCAAAAAGUUUAUAUGCAGCAAACAUGGUCCUGUUUUUGCUGUUACUCAAAAGUUCAAGAUACAGGCAAUUGUUGUUGAUGGAUCAGGCAGUGGAAGAGAGACAGUGAAAUGUUCAGUUGCUAGGGUUACUACAGAUGCUGCAAUUAUAAAACAGUACCUACAAGCUGUAGCUGAAGAUCUGACUGCUGUAUCAUGUACUGGUGAUGUUAAUAUCCAGAAUGCUGAUGUUGGAAAUCCUCUGGAAGAUAUUGCUGUCCCCCACCAAAGAAGUCUAAAUCUACUCAGGACCGUGAGAGUGUCAAAUCCCACCAGAAUAAAUGCGUCAGGAAAAUCUGAAGAAAAUUCUUGA